UCGCUGCGUCUACGUGCUGACGCCAUGACGCCCCGGCCGGUGUGUGUCGGUGUGUGUGUGUGUGUGAGUGUGCGCGUUCCGAGUGUGUGUGUAUUUGUGUAUCGGCGGUCCCGCAGGUCCCGGAUGUUGCGGACAGUAUGAAGCGAGCGCAGGGGGACGGGGACCAGCAGCUGUCGCCGCCGUUCUCAGAGGUUUCCUGUUAGACCAGACAAAUUAGAGUCUUCCUACUGACUUGACUUGGGUGAAGAGAGAACAGAAAUCUUUGUCCCCUGACUUUGGAGAUCUUGUUUAACCUUCAAACUGGCGAUGUCAAGGGUUCCAAGUCCUCCACCUCCGGCAGAAAUGUCGAGUGGCCCUGUAGCUGAGAGCUGGUGCUACACACAGAUCAAGGUAGUGAAAUUCUCCUACAUGUGGACCAUCAAUAACUUUAGCUUUUGCCGGGAGGAAAUGGGUGAAGUCAUUAAAAGUUCAACCUUUUCAUCAGGAGCCAAUGAUAAACUGAAAUGGUGUUUGCGAGUAAACCCAAAAGGGCUAGAUGAAGAAAGCAAAGAUUAUCUGUCACUUUACCUGUUACUGGUCAGCUGUCCAAAGAGUGAAGUUCGGGCAAAAUUCAAAUUCUCCAUCCUGAAUGCCAAGGGAGAGGAAACCAAAGCUAUGGAGAGUCAACGGGCAUAUAGGUUUGUGCAAGGCAAAGACUGGGGAUUCAAAAAAUUCAUCCGUAGAGAUUUUCUCUUGGAUGAGGCUAACGGGCUUCUCCCUGAUGACAAGCUUACCCUCUUCUGUGAGGUGAGCGUGGUGCAAGAUUCCGUCAACAUUUCCGGCCAGAACACCAUGAAUAUGGUGAAGGUCCCUGAGUGCCGGCUGGCAGAUGAGCUGGGAGGACUGUGGGAGAACUCCCGGUUCACGGACUGCUGUCUGUGCGUUGCCGGCCAGGAGUUCCAGGCUCACAAAGCUAUCUUGGCAGCUCGUUCUCCAGUUUUUAGUGCCAUGUUUGAACAUGAAAUGGAGGAGAGCAAAAAGAAUCGGGUUGAAAUCAAUGAUGUGGAGCCUGAAGUUUUUAAGGAAAUGAUGUGCUUCAUUUACACGGGGAAGGCUCCGAACCUCGACAAAAUGGCUGAUGAUUUGUUGGCAGCUGCUGACAAGUACGCCCUGGAGCGCUUGAAGGUCAUGUGCGAGGACGCCCUCUGCAGUAACCUCUCCGUGGAGAACGCCGCAGAGAUUCUCAUCCUGGCUGACCUCCACAGCGCCGAUCAGUUGAAAACUCAGGCAGUGGAUUUCAUCAACUAUCAUGCUUCAGAUGUCUUGGAGACCUCCGGGUGGAAGUCAAUGGUGGUGUCGCAUCCCCACUUGGUGGCUGAGGCCUACCGCUCUCUGGCUUCAGCACAGUGCCCUUUUCUGGGACCCCCACGCAAGCGCCUGAAGCAGUCCUAAGAUCCUGCCUGUCGUAAGACUCCGUGUGUUUUCCUGAAGCAGCAGCCACUGUUGCUGCCACUGACCACCAGGUAGACAGCGCAAUCUGUGGAGCUUUUACUCUGUCGUGGGGGCAGAAGACUGCAUCGUGGCCCCCAGACUUUCAAAACAGCACUAAAUAAACUUGGGGGAAGCGGGGGGUGGGAAGGGCCCGGGACCUGGGGCUGCUCAACCUAAUGAAAACCCUGUUGCUGCGUCACUGUGUUCCCUUUGGCCUGGCCGACUUUGGUACUGUGGGGAUUCAGUUUAGGUGCCGGCCCGGAGGAGGUCCCAGCGGUGGUACUUCAGAGAAACCUGUCUGCAUCUGACUGAGCAGAACAGAUUGUCAGGUGCCUGGAGCAAAAAGGAAAAAAAAAAAAAGAAAAAAAAAAAAGGACAUUUAGUUAUAA